CUCAGCCAGACGCUGCGGGCACCGGGUCGGACAGCCCCAGCCUAGCCUGGCACCAUGGCCAGCAUCAAACAGCGAGAUCAGGCCUGGAUCCCCAAACGCUUCAAGAAGAAAACCUGCACGACCUACGUUGAGGAUCCACGGGACACGGGUGCCCCCCCUCAGUGCCAGUGUGGGAGCCCCCGGGCCGAGCACGUCUCUGUGGCCGUGGAAGACGCCUUCGGGACGGCCAUCGUCAGCAAAUGGGACUCAGACCAGCACACUACAGAGGGGCCCACGGACGCCUUCGGGGAGCUGGAGUUCGUGGGGGCUGGUGGCAAACCCAGCAAGUUCAUCCGCCUGUCAGACUCCUCAGACCCUGCGCUCGCCUACAAGUUGGUGACCGAACACUGGAAAAUCUCACCUCCCAACCUGGUAGUGUCAGUCGUUGGGGGCGACGGGGAGGCCCCCGUCCGGGCCUGGCUCCGGGACCUGCUGCGUAAGGGGCUGGUGAAGGCAGCACAAAGCACAGGUGCGUGGAUCAUGACCGGGGGGCUGCAGGCCGGGAUUGGGCAAUAUGUUGGGGAGGCCGUCCGGGACCACAGCACAGCCAGCACCAGCCCCUGCGCCCGCGUGGUGGCCAUGGGGAUUGCUCCCUGGGGCGUCGUCGCCAACCGCGAGGCUCUCGUCAACCCCAAGGGCUCGUUCCCUGCCCGCUAUGCCCGGGUGUCCGCCGCGGACACCGCCCGCCCCCUGGACAGUAACCACUCGCUCUUCUUCCUGGUGGACGACGGCUCUCGGGGGCACUCGGGGGGCGAGAGCCGCUUCCGUGCCCACCUGGAGAAACACAUCGCCCAGCAGAGGGUGGGGGCCGGUGGAACUGGCAGCAUCGAGAUCCCCGUGCUAGUCAUGGUCAUUGGGGGCGACGCCUCCAUGGUCACGCGCAUAUGGGAGGCCGCCGAGGCGAACAUCCCCUGCCUGCUGGUGGGGGGCUCCGGGGGGGCGGCCGACUGCCUGGCCCAGAUCCUGCAGGACACGCAGAGGGACCAGGCAAGCCGGGUACUGAUCCAGGAGAAGCUGCAGGGACGCUUCCCACUCGCUGAGGUGCCAGGCCUGGCCGAGCAGGUGGAGCGGAUUCUGGUGCUGCGGGACCUGGUCAGUGUCUAUUUGGACGAGGACGGGCUGGAGGAGUUUGAGACGGUGCUGCUCAAAGCCCUGGUCAGAGGCGAUCACCUGACUGGUGAGGCCACCCAGUACCUGGAUGAGCUGCGUCUGGCUGUGGCCUGGAACCGCGUGGACAUCGCCAGCUCCAAGCUCUUCUGUGGAGACAUCCAGUGGGAGAACGGGCUGAUCUGGGUGAGUUCUGACCUGGGAGCGUGUGCUGUCAAGCGGUACCGGGCGUCCCCGAGGCCUCGCUGUGCAAUCAGUCUGGUAGCGGGCGCCAGAGAAGACUCCAUUGCUGGACAGGGACACCCACUUUACCCGGCAGCCAGCGCACCCGAAACCCCUGGCCGACCUCUUCAUCUUGGGGCCGUGCUUGCUGAACGGGCGAUGAUGGUCAUGUACUUGCUGGGAGAUGGCGUGUUUGGCGAGUGCUACGGGAACAGCGAGUCUCGGGCCUCCCAGCUCCUCGUGCGUCGCUCCCGCCUCUGGGGCGGCGCCACCUGCCUGCAGCUCGCCUGGCUGGCCGAGGCCCGGUGCUUCUUCGCCCACGACGGGGUGCAGGCGCUGCUGACUCAGAACUGGUGGGGCGAGAUGGAAGGGUCCACGCCCGUCUGGAAACUCCUCCUCACCUUCUUCUGCCCCCCCCUCAUCUUCACCCACCUCAUCACCUUCAGGGCAAUGGAGGAGGAUCAGGAGCAGGAGAAGCCCCACACCCUGGAGCUAGAGAACCUGAACACUGACGGGAAAUGCCCCAUGGAGGAGAUCCUGACGGGGUCGGCGUCCUCGCUGAGCUCCCCCCCGCGGCCGGGCCGGGCCUGGCUCUGGCGCUGGCGCCGGUUCUGGGGGGCGCCGGUGACGGCCUUCCUGGGCAACGUGGUGAUGUACCUGCUUUUCCUGCUGCUCUUCUCCUACGUGCUGCUGCUGGACUUCGCGCCCCCCCUGCCCGACGGCCCCAGCGCCUCUGAGGUCCUGCUGUACAUCUGGGUCUUCACCCUGCUGUGCGAGGAGCUGCGCCAGGGCUGCUUCACUGGGCACCAGCCGCUGGCCCAGCGCGUCCGCGCCUACAUGCAGGACCCCUGGAACGAGUUCGACCUGACUGCCCUGGGGCUCUUCCUGCUGGGGGCUGUCUGCCGGAUGUUCCCCAGGAGCUACGCGUCGGGGCGCACCGUGCUCUGCCUGGAUUUCAUGGUCUUUACCCUGCGACUCAUCCACAUCUUCGCUGUCAACAAGCAGCUGGGUCCCAAAAUGAUCAUUGUGGGCAAGAUGAUGAAGGACGUCUUCCUCUUCCUCUUCUUCCUGGCUGUCUGGCUGGUGGCCUACGGGGUGACGACCGAGGGGCUGCUGCACCCCAGUGACCAGCGCCUGGCCUGGAUCUUCCGCCGCGUCUUCUACCGGCCCUAUCUGCAGAUCUUCGGCCAGAUCCCGCUCAACGAGAUCGAUGCGGCGCUGAUCGCGGCGUCGAACUGCACGGACAACCCGGUGGAGAUCCUGAUGGAGCAGGCCGAGCCCUGCACGAACACCUAUGCCAACUGGCUGGUGCUGAUUCUCCUCGUCAUCUUCCUCCUGGUCGCCAACAUCCUGCUCCUCAACCUGCUCAUCGCCAUGUUCAGUUACACCUUUGCCAAAGUGCAGGGCAACAGCGACACCUACUGGAAGUCGCAGCGUUACAGCCUGAUCCUGGAGUAUCACAACCGGCCGGCGCUGCCCCCCCCCUUCAUCAUCAUCAGCCACCUGCGCCAGCUGCUGCUCCACCGGGCCCGGGGGGGCUCUGCCAAGAGCCGCCACUUCGCUCGGGACCUGUCCCCGGACUGA